AUGGCCGAAGUAGCAGCCAAACAAGUGGUUUACUGUGGAGUUUGUACGUAUCCUCCCGAAUACUGUGAAUUUGGAGUUUCCUUCAAGAGAUGCAAGGAGUGGCUCGCUGACAACAAGCCGGAGCUCUUUGAGAAUCUCUACAGUGAUGAAGCUUUGGCAAAUGCCACCUCCACUUUGUCAGUUGAGAAGGAGGAGAAGAUCCACAAGGAGUUGGAAAAGAAGCAGGCACGUGAAGAGGCCAAACAAGAGAGAGAAUUGCAGAAGAAACUUUCGUCCAAGGUUGUAAUCAAGAGAAUCGAAAGAAACAAGAGAAAGCACAUCAUUUCAAUCAGUGGAUUGGAGGUUUUCAACAUCGAUAUGAAAAAAUUAGCCAAAACUUUUGCGCUGAAGUUUGCUACUGGUGCUUCGGUAACCAAGAACGCCGAGAAGAAGGAGGAAAUCUUGGUUCAGGGAGAUGUCAGUGACGAUGCAAAGGCAUACAUUGAGAAGUUGUUGGAGGAGCAGGGAUUGAAUGAAGUGAAGGUGGAGCAGGUUGACGAUAAGAAGAAGAAGAAGGCCGAAACUGCUGCUGCUGCUAAUUAG